UAUUAACUGUUAUUUUAGUUAAACAUAUGAUAAAUGAAUGACUAAUUGUUUGAUUAAAUUUAAUUCAUUUAUUGUUUAUUACAAAACUGUUUAACCGUUUGAAGACAUUUGAAGACAUCAACCAAACAAUUGUCAAAUCAAUUGAUUGAUUGAUUGAUUGAUUCAUAAGAAGCAAUAACUGUCACAAAUGAAGAUGAAUAUGAAUGUAACGAAUAUAUCCGUAUUUAUGGUGAUAGCCAUCAUCUGUGAUCAUUUGGAUGGUGUGUUGUCGGCCAAAGACUAUUACCAAUUGUUAGGCGUCUCUCGAGAUGCGUCUGAAAGGGACAUCAAGAAGGCGUUCCGCAAGUUGGCCGUGAAAUAUCAUCCGGACAAGAAUAAGGCCAAAGACGCCGAAGACAAGUUCCGCGAAAUCGCAAAAGCUUAUGAAGUGCUGUCCGAUGCCGACAAACGCCGACGAUAUGACAAGUUUGGUGAUGAGGACGGAUCACAAUUCGGUAACAGUGGACAACAGUUUAAUUUCAACGAUUUUUUCAAGGAUUUUGAUCAGCACUUCCACUCUCAUUCAUACGGUCAUCACAAUGACCAACAUUUUAACGACCAUUUUGCUCAUCACCAACAAUCACAUUCUCAUUCACACUUUGGCUUCAAUUUUGAUGACCUCUUUGAUGACUUUGAUAGCGAUGAGUUCGGCUCAUUCGGUAACUUCUUUGGUCAUCAAAGUGCCGAAACAUUUGGAAACGGCGAUUCAUUUUUUGGUGGUGACCAUCAUUUCGGUGACAUUCGUAUGAAUUCAUUUCAGUCGAGUGGAGGUCACGGACAGAGAUGUCAUACCGUAACUAAAAGGACGGGUAAUUCAGUGACGACAUACACUCAGUGUUCGUAACCAUUAGUGAUAUGAAAGUGUUAUCUCAAAUGAACUGAUUAUAAUAAUAAUAAUAA